AUGGACGUAGAAGCAGCCGACACUAUUGAUAUCGAGGGAAACAAAAACGAACAGGGCUUUCUCCUCAACGAGACAGUUCAUAAAUUCUCAUGGCAACAACUUAACGUUACGGUCAAAGACCGUCAAACCAAGAAGGCGAAGGAUCUCCUCUGUGACGUUGACGGCAAUGUUGAACAAGGAGAGCUCAUGGCACUUAUGGGCCCAUCUGGCUGUGGAAAGACAACCUUGUUGAACCUGCUUGCUCGCCGUAACAGCUCAAGUGCCAAAGUGUCGGGACUUACCAUGGUCGACAGUCUCGGAAUUGACAACGCCUCUUUUAAACGGAUCAGUUCCUACGUGGAACAGGAGGAUACGCUCAUUGGAUCCCUGACUGUAGAAGAAACGCUUAAAUUUAGCGCUCAGCUUUCACUGCCUAGUUCCAUUUCCAAACCUCAACGCAAUGAGAGGGUGCAGCUCCUACUCAAAGCCUUUGGUAUCCAAGAGCAGGCAAAAACUAUUAUCGGCACGCCCAUCCAGAAAGGAAUCAGUGGAGGACAAAAGCGUCGAGUUAGCGUGGCAAGUCAACUGAUAACCUCGCCCAAGAUACUUUUCAUGGACGAGCCAACCAGCGGCUUAGACUCCUCUGCGAGCUAUGAGAUUAUCUCAUAUCUUAAGAUGGUGGCUAAAAAAAACAAUCUCAUCGUUAUAGCUAGCAUCCACCAACCGUCCACAGCAACAUUCCAGCUGUUUGACAAAUUGCUUCUUCUUUCCAAGGGAAGAACGUGCUAUUUCGGUCGGACUGCAGAUCUUGGGAAUUACUUCAGCAGCAUUGGGUAUCCGUUCCCAAUCAACAAUAACCCCGCAGAGUACUUGUUGGAUCUUGUCAGCACUGACUUUGCUCACGAUGAGGAAGCCAUAUUCCAUGGGGGAAACGAACAACGAAAGUCUUUUGUGACUGCAACAGAGCGUCUCGAACAUAUUCAAAAAUGCUGGAAGAUGUCAUCACAAGCCCAAUCAAUUCAUUCGGACACAACAGAAUCCGUCAAGGAAACCCGUACCCUUGAAAAGAACUCGUCAUCGGCAAACGUGUCAACUACACGCCCGACAUGGUAUCAAAUUGUUUUCUCUCUACUUCAUCGGUCUUUGAUCAAAAGCAACCGUGACGUCGUGGCAUACGGAAUUCGCAUUGCCAUGUACCUUGGACUCGCCAUUAUGAUGGGAACGGUCUGGCUGCGCUUGGAUACAUCUCAGGAAGAUAUACAGCCUUUUAUUAAUGCUAUUUUCUUUGGCUCGGCUUUCAUGUCAUUCAUGGCGAUUGCAUAUGUGCCAGCUUAUCUCGAGGACCGCUCUACAUUUAUCAAAGAACGUGCAAAUGGGCUUUAUGGGGCGACUCCAUUCAUUCUGUCCAAUUUCCUAAUUGGGUUGCCCUAUCUCUUCCUAAUUUCACUACUUUUCUCGAUCGUCGCCUACUGGCUAUCAAAUUUCGAGCCCAGUGCUGUGGCGUUUUUCACCUGGGUGAUGUGGCUGUUUCUCGACCUUGUGGCUGCCGAGUCGCUCGUGGUAUUCAUGUCGUCGACUGUCCCCAACUUUGUUGUUGCUCUCGCCCUCGUCGCCUUUGCAAAUGGGUUAUGGAUGAGCGUCGGUGGAUUCUUGGUGUCACCCACGAUUCUAAAUCCGUUUUGGAAAUAUGUCUUUCAUUAUAUUGAUUAUCAGGCAUAUGUCUUCCAGGGCAUGAUGGUAAAUGAAUUCUCCCGACGCAAUUAUUCCUGCGGAUCUUCCUGCCAGUGCAUGUAUCAGACCGACUUGGCAGCACAGUGUAAGAUACGCGGAUCCGGUGUCCUGCAGCAAUAUGGAUACGGUGAAGACCGCGAAGGGGAGUGGGUUGGUAUCCUGAUUGCAAUCAUUGCUGCCUAUCGAGUUAUGGCUUGGAUUGUUUUGGUAACACGACAGGCCAAAUUCGCGCGACGACCGACAUUUCCAUAUUCAGGCAAGAGUGACAGUCAUACUUCAAAAUCCGUAUCAAAUGGCAACGCCGUUCGAUGGUCCCCGACUGAUCAUCGUCUCAAGCACGCCGACGAACGAAAUCUAGACCCAGCCUUUGGAUUUAGCCGGACUUCAAAUCUGCGUGUCAUUGAAGUACCCCGAGAAGUACGCGAUUCUUUCUUAUCCUUCACACUCAACUUUGCUUAA